AUGUCCCUCCCAACACCUCAAUACCGUCUCCAAGCGAUUCGAGCGCUCGACGUCUACGAGCCAUCUGAAGACACGUUUCUGUUGAUUGAUGCGAUUGAGAAGGAUAUUAAGGAAAUCCGUUCCCGUGAGCCCCAACUAGUGCUAGAAAUCGGUUGCGGCUCUGGCGUCGUCUCAACAUUUGUAAAUCAAGCACUCGGUGGAAACGUGACGUCAAUGGCCACCGAUCUGAAUCCCCACGCUCUCGAUGACGGAUUUAUUUGCUGGAUUGGAGAAUUGGUUGGGAAGGUCGACGUGCUGCUCUUCAACCCUCCAUACGUUCCAACCGAAGAGGAGCCCUCCACAAAUAUCGAAUUGACGUACGCCGGCGGUCGAACGGGUAGAUCAACACUCGAUCGAUUGCUGCCACGUGUCCCUGAGCUGUUGUCGCCACGUGGCGUCUUCUAUCUCGUCGCACUGCACUCGAAUGAUAUUCCCUCGUUGCUCAAAGAGCACUCCGAUCGGAUGACCGCAUCCGUCUCAAUGGAGCGACGUUGCGGCAUCGAGCAUUUGUAUAUUUUGAAAUUUGUGAUGAAGGAAAAGAAAUUGAACAAUGAUUGUAUCACCGCUCCGUUGGCUUGUCCUGAAUAA